GAGGUGUUACCUCCUCCAAUGUCUCUUGACGACAUUUCAUCCAUCAGAGUUAAGAAAGAAAGAAAAGCAGAACCCACCCAGUCUGUAAGCAACCCACACCAGCCCCUCAGCUUUGCUCUGACCGCAGAAGAGCUGCAUCAGGGCAAGGAAGAAGGAUGAGAGCGGAAUUGAUCUUGUUGCCCUCCUUGAGGAUGUGAUUCUGGACAAAUUGAGCAGACUCCGGAGUUCUGCACAGACACAUUAUAGAGUUUAUCAGUAAAUCUGACCCCUGGCAACCGUGACAUGGGAAUGGUGAGACUCUUGAUCCAGUGAGGAGAGAAGCCCUCAAGGUGCAUUUGGCUCGGUGUCAGUAGUUUUUGUUCCAUGGGAUUUCCUCCGCCCUUCGCAUUAGAACUGAUGUGGAGUGAAGUGUUUCUAAUAUGAACUUUCGCUUUGGGAUCUGGUUUGCGGUUCCACUGAUCUUGUUCUGGGAAACCCCAGAAGUCACUUCUUCGUGGUGGUACAUGGGGGCGGUGGGCUCGUCGCGGGUGAUGUGUGACAACGUGCCGGGCUUGGUGAGCCGGCAGCGGCAGCUGUGCCAGCGGCACCCCGAGGCCAUGCGCUCCAUCGGGCUGGGCGUGGCGGAGUGGACGGCGGAGUGUCAGCACCAGUUCCGCCAGCACCGCUGGAACUGCAACACCCUGCACCGGGACCGGAGCCUCUUCGGCAGGGUCCUGCUGCGCAGUAGCCGGGAGUCUGCCUUUGUGUAUGCCAUCUCCUCUGCUGGAGUUGUAUUUGCUAUCACAAGGGCAUGUAGUCAAGGAGAAUUAAAAUCAUGCUCCUGUGAUCCGAAGAAGAAAGGGUCUGCCAAGGACAACAAGGGCCACUUUGAUUGGGGUGGUUGCAGCGAUAACGUUGACUAUGGUGUCAAAUUUGCCAGAGCAUUUGUGGAUGCCAAAGAGAGGAAGGGAAAAGAUGCCAGAGCACUAAUGAACCUUCACAACAACAGAGCUGGAAGAAAGGCUGUGAAGCGUUUUUUGAAACAGGAGUGCAAAUGUCAUGGCGUGAGUGGAUCAUGUACUCUGAGAACCUGCUGGCUGGCCAUGGCAGACUUUAGGAAAACAGGAGAUUAUCUAUGGAGGAAAUACAAUGGAGCGAUUCAGGUGGUCAUGAAUCAAGAUGGCACUGGUUUCACUGUGGCUAACAAGAGAUUUAAGAAGCCCACCAAGAAUGACCUGGUAUACUUUGAGAGCUCGCCAGACUACUGUAUCAGAGACAGGGAUGUAGGCUCCCUCGGGACUGCUGGCCGGGUUUGUAACCAAACUUCCCGCGGUAUGGACAGCUGCGAGGUGAUGUGCUGUGGAAGAGGUUACGACACUUCACGGAUCAGCCGGAUGACAAAAUGCGAAUGUAAAUUCCACUGGUGCUGCGCUGUGCGCUGUCGAGACUGCCUGGAGGAGGUGGACGUACACACAUGCAAAGCACCGAAAAGUGCUGGAUGGAUAGCUCGAACAUGACUACAUGGGGAGACUGGCAUUCAAAUGCUGAAACUUUCAGUUUCAUGCAGGGCGUAUGUCUAGGGCAUUUGCUACCUUUUUUCAAGUUUCACCUCCCUUUCAGCGCAGAGAAAUGGCUAAAUAAUUAAUAUAAAUUAUGUUGUAGCCAACUAACAUUUUUGAGGUUGUAAUAUUUUUGUGGCUUUGCUCUCGGUGUUUGGAAACAAUGAAACUUUUAAGUCACCAUUUUUUAAAUGCAACACAUAAUUCGCCUGUGGAAAUCACUGACACAAGAUGUUACUAAGGCCAAGAGCAUGGUAAGGUUUAGAAAGAGGUGAGACAUUCAUAUGAAUAAGAACGUCCACUGUUGCCUUAUAUAGGAUGAGAUUUCUUAAAGCUUCCUUCAAACCAUAUAGUCCUGGCCCCAGUCAGGCACAAGGAGUGGAUGGACCAUUGCUCUGAUCCAGUAUAGCAAUUCUCGUGUAACGGAACCUCUGAGCCCAGUGUGGAGUAAAGGUAUUCUAGAAGUAACUUUCUCCGUCUCCUGUCAAAUGAUAGGGCUGCCCUCUUGUGGAUUGUGUGGGGCCAGUUCUGCCUUUGCAUGCCCAUUUGCUGGUCCCACAGACAUCAACAUGCUGCACAUUUAAACUACAGGCCACGAUGGAAAGCGAAGGAAAUUGCAACCAAUUGCAUUCACCCAUGGUAUUUCCUCUUAAAGAGUCAGAGCAAGUCUUUUAGUUACAUGUGCACAGAAUUCUCAAUUUAAAAUCUACCUUAAAAGGAUUUUAAACAAAUUUAUUAAUGUGAAUUGCUGAUAUUUCCCCCCUGCAAGUUGCAAUGUAAUUAAAUGGAAGGAGGACAUUUAUUUCUCAGACCCUUUGUUAACUAGCUUUACCUGAGCAGAUGUAUCAAACUUAGAAAUUAGUUGUUCACCUCCCUUUGGAAAAGGGACAUGAAAUACCUUGGGCAUAAAUAUGUUUUGAAUUUUUUUUUUACCAACUAGGUAAAUGUGAAAACACAUUUGUGUUUCACAAUGUGAAAACCGGGUAAAUGUGAAAACACCUGCAGAAAGUCUGUAUAAAACAGAAGCAGCUUGUCUCAUUAAUAAUAUUCUCCUGCUUGUCACAUGAGUGGAACAUGAACAGUCUUGCCUAGUGGUUGGAGCAGGAGUCAUGCCCAGUAGUCAAAGCAGGAGUCAAACCCCAGACAGGAACUGGAGCCAAGCAUCACAGCUGGGGCUGAGGGGCCAGAGAAUCAGAGCUGGCUUCUGGGGGGUAUAUCUACAUUACAAUAAAAAAACGACAGCAUCGAUUCUCAGAACCCAGGUCAAAUAACUCAGGUUCGGGGGGGGGGGGGGGCGAGGCAGGCUACAAGGCAAAAAAUUGCAGUUUAGCUGUUCAGGCUCAGGCUGGAGUCCAGGCUCGGAGACCCUAAGAGAGUGGUGUCUUCCUCAGACACAUUUGGUGCCAGCCACUGUCAGAAAGGACAGUGGGUUAGAUGGACAACUGGAAAUUCCUAACAGAGGGAACUGAAGAUUGAGUUGCUACUUUUAAUUGGGAUGCUAGAUCUUUGCUGUUAUGUUAACAUAGUGAUUUUGUUUUUUUCCUAGUUUAGUCAUACUCAGGAUUGAUUCUGGUGCCUGAAAUUAUUCCAGAUCACAAACCUUUGUCACACAGUGAUCUUCAGAAUUUUUCUUUUUUCCUGCAAUCAUACAACACUCUCCUGUAAUGCUUAUAAACCCAUUUAUUUAAGUUUUAGCAAACAGAAAUCGUUCCUUGGCUUUACUCUGCUUUGCAAGUAGCCUUCCCUUAUUUGACUGUUUUGCUUUUAUGUAAAUAUUGUUUUCUGAAUUCACAAAUCACUACACAUGAUAAUUCUUUUAGUAUUACAGACACCUCAUAAUACUAUAUGUUUGCUGUGUCUAGGUCAUGAAAAUCUUGUAUGAGCUAGUUCUGUUAUAGGAAUGCAACCUACUGAAGAACAGUUUUUUGCUACUUACAAUUCAGUGAUAACCACUGUUGCUGUUAUAUGCAUUAGCUUCAUGCGAAAACUGGCCCUGGUUUGGAUAGACUAAAUAGUAUACAUAACAGUGAAUUGAAAUUUAGUGGUGAAUUCCAAAGAGAUUCUUUAUUAACGAUUCAUGAGCUCAUCAUGACCUGAGGAAGGGCUCUGUGAAGCGCAAAAGCUUGUUCUUCCACUCACAGAAGUUGGUCCACUAAAAGAUAUUACCUCACCUACCAUGUCUCAAUCUGGAAAAUGGCAUGUUUUAAAACCAACUACAGAUGCUCCCCAAUUUACAGAAUGCCUUACGUAAGUCAAAUUUUGCGUAAGUCAGGAACAUAUACCCGACAAUUGCGCAAAAAGAAAAAAAAAGGGCUUACGGAACUUACGGAACUUUUUCUGUAAGUGCAGAUUUUAGUAAGUCGGGUUUGCGUAACCCGGGGAGCGUCUGUAUCUGAAGCUCAAUGACAUAUUUUGUAGGUUUUAAAACUGUUUCUGCUUUUCUAAUUUAAGUAUCUUGACGAGUCAGAGAGCCUUUGUAAAUUGAUAGCAGGGGUCAGAUUUCCUUUGAGUAAUUCAUGACGUCACAGUUUAAUAACACAAGUUUUACACAGUUCUGAAAACAAGGGAUGUAUCGUUACUGCUAGUGAGCUUAUUCCAGCUAAUGAAAUGAGUGCUGAUGCCCGCAUUAUCAAUCUCUGUUAAAAUGAAUAGUCCGAUUAACACAGCAGGAAACAAAACUAUCUGUACUUUCCAAACCCAUCUGUAAAUGUUUUAGGAUCACUGGGUUACAGGUGGAGAUCUUAUUCUGACAGAAAAAUAGCAGGAAAUACAGAGCAGGACUAUGAAAAUUCAACAGGCCUAUGUGAAAUCUGGAAACUGUCCCUUAUAUUUGAAAUGUAGACCUAGAAUUAGGUCUUGUUGCUAAGAUCAUCAUUUUUACUUCAAUGCUUAAACAAGGACAAGUCUAAAAAUAUCAAAUUUUAUGCUAAAUUGCCAUUGUAAUGUUUUCUUGAAUGGGGAUUGUAACUUGCUCUAACCCUACAGGGAGCCUUGAAAUACCAGGGAAAUACUAUGAAAUCUUUCUGAAAGCCUCUGUUCCUGAGACUUCUCCUACAAUAUAUGUUUAGGGUUCUUCUUAUGCAGUAUUGGUUCUGCAGUAUGUAUUCCUAUACUGAUGCUAUAGAUCAUUUACAAAAGGUACCAGUUUCAUCUUACACAUUGACUAUUUCUCAGCCUGUCCAUUUUCAGGGAGAAAUAUUAGGUGCUUCCACAUCUAAUGAACAGAAUUAUUCCCUGGUAUUAAAAUAUAUUUGACAGAGGUGUAAUUAGCUAGAAUCUUAAACUGCUGAUUCCUUGCUUUGAGUGCAGAGUACAUCUAUACCCAUAAACAGCAGAAGUGCUAUUACACAAAAUCUAAUAUUACUACUUACAACUUCCUUAGCACCUUUUAUUUGAGACUAUCAUAGGCUCAGAUCCGCAAAAGGACUUACGUGUUCCAAGGUACUUAGAAAAUCAGAGGAACAACACGGCAAGCUGCAAAGCCUGAGUUAGGAGCGUAGGCUCCCUCUACAAUGAAUGGGGAGAGAUGGGCGUCUUAGAUCCACAAAAGCUAGCAUGCUAGGUGGGGAGUCAUCUAAGAUAGCCAAUGAGAAAUGUUGAUGAUAGAGGUGUGCCCUAAGCCUCUCCCCAUCAUGGAGACAGGCGCCUUAGUCUGGGCUGCAGGGAGGAGCCUCACUUUGCUAGAAAUCCACAAACUGGGGGGAAAUAGGUGUUCUUCUUCCUAACUCACAUGUGGGACCUGAUCUGAGGCUGCCUAACUCCAUGUGGCAGAGAAGGAGGAGCUUCCUUAUAACUUUUAGUUAGUGGUUAGGGCAUUCAUAUGGGAUGUGGGAAACCCCAGGUCAAGUCCCCCUUCUACCUGAUGUGGAAAAGGGCUGUGAACAGGGAUCUGCCACCUCUCAGGUGGGUGUUCUAACCACUGGGCUAUUGUGAUAGGAGAGGAAGAGGCAGAGUGGAUCUUCCUUAAUCUCACCUAUUGACGUUGUUCCAAUUUAAUUAAGCCAGAGAAAGAGGACGACUCAGUCUAUAGUCCAGUGACUAGGAUAUUCAUCUGAGAGCUGGCAGAUCCCUCUACAAAUCCCUUCUCAUCAUGCAGAGUGUGAACUUGAACUGUAGUCUCCCACAUCCUGGGUGAAUACCCUAACUCUAGGCUAAGGGAGGGUCUCCUUUCCCCUCUCGGUGUUUUGUGUGGAGUUAGGCAGCUUCUGAGCAUGCCUGCCAGGUCAGGCCCUGCAUGUGAGGUAGAUGGAGGAGUACCUCUCCUCCCCUGGUAUGCAUGACUCUAGAGCUUAGGCAGGAUAUGUGGGGUGUCUGGACACAUAGAGGGAGGUAGCAGUGUGCAUGCCCAGAGGCAAAAACCUAAGUGCCUGAGGAACUUUUACCCUAAAAACAUAGGUGCUGAGUGAGUUUAGGCACCUAGAGGGUUCGGCAGAAGCCAAGCAGAAGUUUUGUGGAUUGCAAUAGUGCCUUAAAAAUGGAAUUUAAGUGCUUAAACCUGGGCGUUAGGUGCCCAAGUAUCUUUGUGGCUCCAGGCCAUAGUGCUUUAAAACAUUAAUUUAAUGAAGCCUUACAACUUUCCUAUGAGGUAGGUGAGUAUUACUGUAUCUAUUCAAAGAUGGAGAAGCUGAAGCCCAGACCACCCCUCCCUAUCCUCCUGCCCCCUUUCUUUACUUGUGUUCAGGACAAGAAAGAAGGAAUGGGGAGUCUAGCCACAAUAGCUCCCUCCAAUAGAUUUUACGACCCUGUAUGAUCACAUCAGCUAGUAUAUUACUACAUCGCUGAAUGAUGAGCAAAACAACAGUCUCACUCUGCUAGUUGCAAUAAGACAUUUCCCCAGGGGGAAAACGAUUGGAUUUUGCUACAUAGGGGGAUGUGUGGCUGCUGAGUCAGCCAACUGUUUGACUGCAUUUUCAGGGUAUUUACAUGAAAAAGAGCUCACACUGAGUUUCUUCUGGCAUUAGCAUGUUUCUGCGUCUUCCUCCAGAAAAGAGCUCUUCAAAGCAUUUGCCCUUUUCGGUGGGGGAAGGGUACUGGUGACACAAACGUUGCUGAGCGAGGCACUUCACUGACAGCUGUUUAAUUAAAAAAGCAAUCGUGAGUUCAGACAGAUGAGAGAUUUGGGUGACAUCAGUUGUCUCCAUUAUGACCUUCAAGAUCAGUCAGCCUGAAGCAGAACCCCAGAAGUGCAAAUGCUGCACAGCAGCCACAUUGUACCACAAACAUUAAAUAAAUAAAUAAAUAAAUAAAUAAGCAGCAUACGCAUUUCAUUUGCAGUUUAGGCUCCUUGGUUUGUUGCCUUGACACCUUAAAGCAGAGGGACGGGGAAGAGCUGGACUCUGGAUUCAGCCAUUUGAGGUAGGCCAUCGUGAACAGAAUUCAAGCGAGGGAAAUGAAAUCAUCCUCGAGGGUAUGGAACAGAUUUAGCUUCAUGUUUAUUCAUGAAGAAGAACCAGCUGUCCCAAGACAGACAUUUUAAUUUCUGAAAAAUCUGCUAGAAAAUAUGUCAGAUUGUGCAAAAGGUCAUGAGGGUUUGAUUUAGUUAUUUAAAAUACGCAGCCUAUGCUCUAGGGAAAAUACCUAUUCUUCUGAAGCAUGGAAUAGCAGGCGCUGCUAGCCAACAGCUAUCUGAGACCCUUCUGGACAUGCAAAUAUUUUGGAACUAUUUUCUAAAAAACAAACACAACCGCCCCCUCCCACUAGAAUUAUAUGGGCGUGGCUUUGUUUCAUGAGAAGCCUCAACAAAGGGCAUCAGUGUCUCUUAACUGCGGGGUGUGUGUGUGUGUGUGGAGAAGAGCGGCCUUUAAAAAGGGACAGAGUUAUUUUACAUGGCAGGUAAAUAGUUGUACGCUGCACUGCAUCCACGGUAUUCCUGCUCCUUCCCUGCAAGUGGCAGCAGCCAUUUCAAUAGCUCAUUUCUGUCCCUCAGGUCAUGCACUUCUUCUUCAAUGCUUAGACAGUCGGACAGAGUGAUUGUUUGCCAUUUGGUCCAUUCCUGUGCGGACGCAAGGGCUUGAUGGGGCCAAGAGUCCAACAGCAGAACAGAUUUGCUGCACCCAUAUAAUGGGGUCUCUGUCUCUGAGCCGCCUCCAGCCCUCAGUUGAUGGAAUUUUAUCCUGGCUGUUACACGGCACCCGGAGAACGGCGUUCGCUGGCACAUCUUGCGGCAUUCUGGCGACAUGUCCAAAAAGCGUAAUAUACCAUCUGUGGACUUUUGGCCCAGUAGUCUGUAAACCGGAGUGAUCAUAAACCUCUCAGUUAUAAAUGAAGUGGUUCCACUUUAUGCCCAAUAUAUAAUGUUGGCAGUUUGUGUGGACAGCCUCCAGCUUUGCCCAGUCCGAGCAGCGUAGUGUCCAUUUUUACAAUCGUAUGGCAGUAGGGAAAGGAUACAGCUCGAAUAGAUCCUGAAAUUGGCUGUCAUGCCGAGAUGAUGUUGAUUCCAUUUUCGUUGUAAAUGAUCCAUGUCAGAUUCUGCUAUUCACUGGCUCAUCGCUUUUAGCACUUCUGGCUGUCAAAUGAAAAAAAUCAGUAAACGUGCUAAUAGCUUCACCUGUAGUAUCAGCUCCCUACACACACACACACACACACACACACACAGAGAGAGAGAGAGAGAGAGAGAGAUACACUGGUUUACAAUUUU